AUGGGGUUCAAAUUCAGCUUCCUGUGUGAUCUUUUGUCCGACCUCGAUGACAACCGCGUGGCCAAGGCCGUGGCCGUGAAAAAGAACGGACCAGACAUCAGAACUAUUGGACAAUGGUUUGCUCAGCAUGAUCGACACAUCCAUAAUACAGACACAGAUAAGCUGGCUCUGCUCUCGUGUAUGUUUCCCGAGAAACGCCCAGACCGUGUUUACUGGCUCCAGGCCACCUCGCUGGCCAGAGUGACCGCCCGUUGUUUGGGCUUGGGAUCCUCCCGCUUGGCAGAGCUAGAUCAGUGGCGCAAGUCCGGAGGCCCUGAUCUUGGACAAUGCGUGGAGAAUGUGAUGCGCCAGGCUGAGAACGAUAUUCCUCCGAACCGAGAAGUUACGGUGGAAGAAAUUGAUCUGGCCUUGGGCAUGAUUGCAUCUCGAUGCCGCUUUUCAGGUCCCCAAGUACGCCGACAAAAGACUGCCGUAGAUGUGGAAGGUGCUCUGACACCUUUAUAUCGGCGUCUUAGCAGCCGUGAUGCCAAGUGGCUUACUCGUAUGAUUCUGAAGAACUACCCCCUCGUGCUUCCGCAAAAGUAUACUCUAGAUCGGUUCCAUUUCUUGCUCCCAUAUCUCCUUCAGUUCCAAGACACAUUACAGGGUGCUGUGCAAAUACUUUCCUCCGAACCCAUCAACAAAUUCCCAUCUCGUCCAGAUCCUCGACUGGCUGCCAGCCUUUGUUCGAUUGCUAUUGAUCAUCUACGGCCACGUCCUGGUAUAAAAAUCGGACGACCGGAAUAUUACAAAGCUCGCAGUAUCAAACACUGUCACCACAUGGUAAAGGGCCGCCGUAUGAGCAUUGAACGAAAAUAUGAUGGCGAGUACUGUCAGAUUCACAUCGAUCUUACGAACAAGCAAACCCCGGUACAAAUAUUCUCGAAAAGUGGCAAAGACUCCACGGCAGAUCGGUCUGGUAUCAUUCCAACUCUUGAGGAAUCCCUUCAAAUAGGCACCAACAAUUGCAAAUUCGCACGUCACUGCAUUCUGGAAGGAGAACUGCUAGUAUGGAACGAAGAGAAGAAGGCCGUGGCAGACUUUCACAAGCUUCGAAAGUUUCUUCCUCGAUCUGGAACAUAUCUUGGGAUUGACAGUGACUCUCCGCCCCAACCUUAUGAACACUUGAUGAUUGUCUGCUUCGAUAUUCUUUUGCUUGACGAUGAUGUUUGCUUGAGAGAACCUCAUCGAAAAAGACGACUGCUACUCCAGGACGUGUUCCAAUUAAUCCCUGGGCGAGCCGCCAUCGCUGAACAAGAGGUCUUGGAUUUCAGUAGAUCUGACAGUCGAGGUCGACUAGAGAUUAUGUUUGCCAGUGCAAUCUCUAAACGAUGGGAGGGUUGUGUGUUGAAGGCUUCCGAAGAGCCAUAUUUUCCUAUGUACUCUACUGGCGUGGAAAAGACAUUUGGUAGGUGGAUCAAGCUCAAGAAAGACUACAUCCCCGGCCUGGGAGACACGGUCGAUUUCGCUUUGAUUGGCGGGUUUUAUGAUGCUCAUGAUGCCGCCGCGCCCUCCAACAAAGUGCGAUGGACACACCUUUUGGUUGGAUGUCUUCUAAAUAAGGAGAACUCUGAGCUUUCUAAGACUGUGCCUCGAUUCAAAGUUGUCGAUGUGGUCAACCACCAUUGCAUGCACCGUGAUAUUCUCCAGUAUUUUAAUCAAGUGGGAGAGUUCUAUGCGUGCGACCCAGAAGAGUUCGAAGGAUUUGAUGUGGAAUACGGACAUUCUAGUCUUCCUCGAGCAUCCAGCCUAUUCAAGAAACCCUUUGUUGUCGAGAUGAUGGGCAGCGGAUUUGAAAAGCCGUCCAAUGCCCGUUAUUUCACACUGCGGUUUCCUCGCAUUCUGAAAGUCCAUACCGACAGAACAUUUCAAGAUGCAGUCUCUCAUCGAGAACUCCAACUUCUGGCAGAGAACGCUCGAUCUAUAUCGGAGGAUGAUCUUUCCCAAGAAAGAGAGGAGUGGUGCAAGCGAUUGAAGGUCGGCAACGGACUGAACCAAUACAUUGCGCAAAGAUCACAUAGUCCAUCUUCAAGAAGCUCCAGCGUUAAAUCAGAUGCCGAUUCACAAGCAACUGAAUUAUCUGAUACUUCUCAUGAUAAAGACGUCCCCGACUCGCGUCAAGACAGAGAACAUUCGCAAAAAGCUCUUCUGAACACUGCCCAUGGCUCAAUGCACAGUAGUAAUGAUGUUCCUGCUGUCUAUGUUGAUGAAAUCGCCUUUCCGGAGGAGCCUCGUAGCUCAAAAUCCGACGGCGUUCUGGCUGAGAACCAGAACUUGUCAUCUCGCCAGGCUCCUAGCCAGACAGGAGCCAACACACUUGUUCAACCACCCAUCAAACAUGGCAAACGACCGCCGGGCAACAUGUGGAUGAAAGCUAGGCCGCCUCUCCUAUCCGAUUCACAAACACCGAGUGUCGUCUCCAUUCACCCCGAACAAAUCGAAGAACCAGAUCCUAUAGCUCCAUCUUCCAACGAAAACAACAAUCCUCGAUCCCCGUUGAUGACAGUCCCUGUGUACAUGUCGGGUGUCGCCUCUAACCUCCCACCCAAACAAGAGUCUCCCGGUCUUCACAAAUUCUUCCAGGCCGUAGGCUCUAUUGAGGCAAGAUCCUCCCUCCAACAAUCCAACCCCGAAGCCGUCUCGAACAGCAUAGCUUUUGGCAUCGUGCUCGUCAAUCCCCGUGAAACAUCUCUUGGUCAAGAAAUCUAUCAAACCGCCCAAGCUCUCCAGGGGUUCAGAGCCAGAGAAUGCUACCCACCUUUAGGAAGAAUCUUCUUUCUGGAUUCCCAUAUUGUGAAACAACUCGUUCAACCUAAAGAUCUACGAUUUUGCUUACGUGCCACUUGGGUGGAUCUUGGAAAAAAGUACUACUAUGCUUGUCUUCGUUGGGAUUCUGGUCCAGAUUCAAGCAGUAAAGAAACCCCUCAAUUGGAAACCCACUACAAGAGGUGUAGGCCCGAACUGACGCCUCCUGUUUCCGUAAGUUUUGCCCAAACCGAAAUCUUGGCUAUGGGGGAGUACGAAUCCAUCAAUCCUCUCCUCUGCUUCGAUGAUUAG